AUGAUGAGCACCACAAUAGAGAGCAGCACUCGUCCCCUCGACGCGAUCGCUAGAGACGCGCAACACCCGCGCGAACCCCACGCCGCGACCGACAACGACUCUUCCCAACACCGACCGGCGAAGCGCCGCAAGACCACGGCAGCCUCCAGCGCCUCGGAUCGACCUUGCGACAUCUGCCGCAGGCGCAAGCUGCGCUGCGUCAGGGAGCCAGGGAACGAAAAAUGCUUUCUGUGCGCCUUCCACCAGCAGCCGUGUACCUUUUUGGAGCAGCCACAGCGGCGCAAGCGGCCGAGGCGCCAUGUCGACGCUGCGCCGCCUGCUGGGUCCCGCACGACCGGUUUGGCUAUUGGGUCGGAAGUGGAUUGGACAGCUGCAGCGGAAAUGGAUGAGAGGGACGGCGAUUCGACCGGCGAAUAUACCGCCAUUAUGAACCACAGGGCCCGCACGACCACCAUGUCGACGGCGGCAGCUUCACCACCGGCCCCGGAAUCACCCGCGUCACUGCUCAACAGGACACUGGGCCUACACAAAACCACCCACUCGGUGUACAUCGGGCCCAGCUCGCUGCAGGAGCCGCGGCUGCUCGGGCGCGACGACACGACGUCUUCUGCCCCCGGGAAGCAAGGCAUACGAUACCGCCGGAUGGACCCCUCGACCGUCUUCAUCUCGAGCCCGGACCAGCUCCCCGACGGAGAGGAGAGCGUGCUGGACGCCAUCGAGGCCCUGGUCCGCCCGAGCGGCCCCGCCCUCGUCAGCCUCUACUUCCGCAUCGUCCACCCCAGCUACCCGAUCCUGCACAAGGGCGUCUGGCUGGAAAAGUACCGGCGCAGCUACCGCGAGUUCUCCCCUCCGCUGCUGGCUGCCGUGUACGCGCUCGCCAUCGAUUGGUGGGAGUACGACCCGGCCCUCGCACCGCUGGAGAAGCCGCCCGUCGACCGGCUCGUUACCCUUGCGACGCAGGCCCUGACUGCCGCCAUGGACCGCCCCAAGCUCUCGGCUGUCCAGGCCGGCCUGCUCUUGCUGCAGCGGUCGGGCGGUGACUCGUGGGUCCUGGCCAGUCAGAUGGUCGCCCUGGCCGAGGAGCUGGGCCUGCACGUCGACUGCAGCUCCUGGGACAUUCCCGACUGGGAAAAGGGCGUGCGGCGUCGCCUGGCCUGGGCGGUUCUCAUGCAGGAUCGCUGGGGCGCGCUGAUCCACGGAAGGCCGUCGCACGUGUCGGCCAGUCACUGGCGCACGCCACCUCUUGAGCUGGGUGACUUUCCCGAGUCGGCUGCCGACGAGGACGAUGCCGAGGGCAGCGCCGAGGUCGAGAAUGGUCGGUACUUGUUUAUGCGCCUCGCACGCCUCACCGAUAUCAUGUCCGAGGCGCACUCGACCCUGUAUGCGCCGUGCCGGGUCGACAGCGGACGACGGAACGCUGCCGGCGACGAGGACAACGCGGUCCUCGCCCUGCUGGAGUUGAUCAAGCCGACGGCCCUGAAGCUCAAGGAAUGGGCGAGCACGCUCCCCGCCGAGCUGGGCAUGGACGACGUGCGGCCGCGCAAGCUGUGCGCCAACGGCUACCUGCACCUCUCGUACUAUGCGACCGAGAUCAUGAUCCACCGGCGCGUGAUCCGCAGCCUGGCGACUCCAGACCGCGCCGACCAGCUCCGGACCAUCUGCCGCAACGCCGCCAAGACCCGGCUCGAGCACGCCACGGCCUUUGUCGAGAAGCUGCGGCCCGAGCACCUGCAGAGCUUUUGGUGGUUCGCCGCGCCAAAGUGCCUGGCCCUGAUUGGCGUCUUUGCCGGUCUCUUGUCCGCCACCGCCCGCGACGCGGCCGAGGCUGCGUUUUUCAAGCGCAAGCUGGAUGAUUUUCACUGGACUCUAAAGGUGCGCUCCAAGGGGUCUCUGUCCAUGGCUGCGGCGGUUCGCGAGAUGGAGGCUAGCCUGGUUGGCUUGGAUAGGCUACGAGUCGCAGACUUCUUGGAGGCUUGUGCGGCUCGCGAACGCUUUGUGCCAUGA